AUGGCUUCACAGUACUCGAAACUCAAGGUCGCAGAGCUCAAGGAGCUGCUGAAGGAGCGCGACCUCCCCGUGUCCGGCUUGAAGGCAGACCUCGUCGCCCGACUCGCCGAAUCGGACGCUGCUUCUCCCGCCUCUGCCGAACCAGCCGACCAGUCUGCGCCCAUCACCGACAUCCCUGAUGCAGAUGCGGCAGUCGAAACCGUUGCAAGCGGUGGGAAGGAGGCGAACGAGGUGGGCGGGAUGGGCGACAGUGUUCCUCCGACAGACGGGCUCAACUUGGCAGUCAAGCGGGCGUUGGAGGACGAGGCUGUCGAGGAGGAAGUGAAGCGGGUCAAGCGGGACGAGGAGAUGGCUGAGGCAGUUCCUCCUGCGGCAGAGAAGGACUCGGCUCUCCCUCCGGAUGCGCCCGCACCAGCGUUCGAUUUGAAGCCUGUGCUGGGCGGAGAUGUGCCGAACCGAAGCGUGAUUGCGGAAGGCAAGGUCGAUACGGAGACGCUGGAGAAGGCGGCGGCGGGGGAGACUGCGUUGAAGCACGAGGAGCCCGAGGUGCAGGAGGACUACGAGGAGGAGGAGGAGCCGCCCAAUUACGACGACCUGGCGCUGAAAGAGGAGGAUGGCGGGCGACCAGCGGACUUGUAUCUCGACACGAUCAACCGCGCCGCACUCGACUUCGACUUUGAACGCCUCUGCUCCGUCACCCUCUCGCACAACCACAUCUACGCCUGUCUCGUCUGCGGCAAGUACUUCCAAGGCCGCGGAAAGUCGACCCCCGCCUACGCCCACGCGCUGAACGAAGACCACCACGUCUACAUCAAUCUCGACACGCGAAAAGUCUACGUCCUGCCCGACGGCUACGAAGUCGACGACGCGAGUUUGGCCGACAUCAAGUACCUCCUCUACCCGACCUUCACGCCUCAAAUGCUCGAGAAGAUCGACCACCAGACGCAGCCCGAACUCGACCUCGCGCGAAAGGAGUACUACCCCGGCUUCGUCGGAUUGAACAACAUGAAGCACAACUCGUACAUGAACGCGGUGCUUCAGCUCCUUCUGCACGUCCCGCCUCUUCGCGACUACCUAAUCCUCCAACUCGACCCCUCUUCUUCCUCCGCACGCCCAACCUCCGAACUCACAAUCCGCCUCGGCCUCCUCGCGCGCAAACUGUGGAACCCGCACGCGUUCAAGUCCCAAGUCUCGCCGCACGAGUUCCUCCAGGAAGUCGCGAAUGCGAGUGGGGGAAAGUUCAAGAUUACGGAGCAGGGGGACCCGCUGGAGUUUUUGAAGUGGUUGUUGAACCAGGUGCAUCGGGAUUUGGGAGGCGGGAGGAAGCCCAGGUCGAGCAUCGUCUACUCCGCUUUCCAGGGCGAGGUCCGCGUCGACGACCAGCAAAUCAUCAAGACGGGCGAGUUUGGCACGAAGCCCAAGUUCGAUAUUGACCGAGAAAUCAAGUCGACCAAGACCCCCUUCCUCUUCCUCGCUCUCGAUCUCCCUCCUCCCCCUCUCUUCCAGGACGCCGUCGAAACCAACAUCAUCCCUCAAGUACCCAUCUCCGCCGUCCUCUCAAAGUACGAUGGCUCGACGACGCGCGAGGACACGCAAGCAGGCGUGCUCAAGCGGAGCAAGAUCACGAGGUUGCCGCCCUUCCUUAUCGUCUACUACAAGCGCUUCUUGAGCAACCGCUUUUUGGAGGAGAAGAAUCCGACUAUCGUCAACUUCCCGCUCAAAGGCGUCGACAUGAGCGAAUAUGUCGACUCCGCCGAGACUCUCGCCGCGCACUACGACCUGACCGCCAACCUCUCCCUCCAAUCGUCCACCUCAACCGGCACGACCGCCACCUCUCCCUCAGCGGAAUGGAAAGUGCACGUUCACCUGCGAAACGCCGAGAAGGGCAAGGAGGACGAAGGCGAGAAGUGGUUCGAGGUGCAGGACUUGAAUGUCAGGGAAAUCGAGAAGGGGAUGGUCCCGCUUGCAGAGACGUACAUCCAGAUCUGGGAGCGACGAACACCGAAUGGCAAGUGGGACGACUUCGUCAAGGUCGACCCGCCCAAGUCGCACAAGGCAAAGGCGGGCGGUGCGCCUCAGGCGAACGGGAAGAAGGCGGAGAAGCCUGCGCCGGCGGCGAAGUAG